CUCCCGCCUCUUCCCGCUCUCCCUCACUCCUGCAGGAAGCGAUAGGGAAGAGCCAAGAGUGGCUGGCUCUCACCCCCUCUCACCCUCGCUGUCUCCAGGUGCGCUCAGGUGACAGUGCAGUGAUGGAGUGCGGGUAUGUUCCGCCUCAGCCUUAACUACCUGAUUGAUGGUCGUGAACGAGUGAGUGUUGUCUGGUGGUAGUGAUUAAAGCCUGACUACCUGAUGGGUCUUUAAGUAUCAAGUCCAGCGAGAGACUGUUGUACAUGUAGUUGUGAACCAUUUAUUGAGAGGUUACAUACAUGAGGAUGGUCAGCGUGCACUGGAUGGGAUGAUAGUGACGGUUCUUCACUGUCGCGUCCUCGGGUCAAAGUGACGAGUGGUGAGGCUGUGAUGAGAAGGCCGCCUGUCCUUCCAGUCACUGCCUUUGUGGGAGUGGAGGCUGAAGCAGCGAGGGUCAGCAUGUCCAGCUACGCCUCCUCGCCCUUCCUGCGGAGGGUGGUGGUCGGCCUGCAGAUGAUGGGGUGCCUGGUCUACACCUGGCCCGCUUCGGUCGGCAUCCGCCCCAGCCCCAGGCCCGCCCUUUGCGCCUGGGCCGUUGUGGUGCAGCUGUCCCUGCUGGCGUGGCUCUUCAUCGAAAUGUACAUCGAGGUGAGCCACCACCAAUUCCUCUGCGUCGGGGAGGUGGCGCACGUCCUGGCUGUUCUCUUUGACUUGGCGGCGCUCGCCCUGCUCCCCGCCUUCCUGACGGUGAGGAGCAGGCUCAUGUCUAGGCUGCUGGCAGGCCUCGGGACAUCCCACACCCUCACGGACCUAUCUACAUGUGCAGGGCGUCGCAGUUCAUGCACCUCCUGGCGGUGGUGGUCACCUUCUGCCUCAUCACGUGGGCCUACAUAGUGGACGGCGACAUACUGGGCGCCGCCUGGAAGCCUGUCUUCAUGCUCCUCAACCUGUUUGUCAUCACCAGAGUGAUCUUCACCUUGAUGCUCUUCAGGAUCCUCUUCCACUCGCUGGCUGAGGAGAUACACGACGAGACGCGUCAACUCGCACACCGCCACGGGCCGUCCCGCUCUGAACCCAACGACCACAACCACGACGAUCACCACGACGACCACGGAGGCUGCCAGAGUGCACACGAUCACCUGACCAACUGCAAUGGUAAUGGGAAGGCAAUCAAGUGCCCCCCGGAAGAAGCUGUCGAGCGGGGCACACCUCGGGACACCUGGAAGGACACUCUGGGGCUGGACGGGACUCAGCUUCCUGCAGGCGCUGAUGGGGAUGAGGUGGUGGCGGCGCUGAACCGCCUGGAAGAAAAGAUUUACGUGGUGGACAAGCUGCUGCAGAAGGCGUCGAUGGUGUUCUGUGAGCCGAUGAUCGUGUUCUUUGUGUGCUUCACCAUCUCGGCCAUCACCGGCACCUUCUUCAUCUACCUGGAGGGACACAAGGCAAGGGGCAUCGCUAUUUACGUGGCGCUGUGUUACCUCUACAUCAUCAGGAUCUGUCACAUCGGCCACGUCUUCACUCAUAAGAUACUCGAUGCUAUUCAGCUCUUGCGCCGCGUGAGCUCCAGAAGUGAUGACGAGAGAGUAAAGGCCAGUGUGGAGAGGCUCGUGUCGUACUUGGCAACACUGUCGAGGCUCGAUUUGAAGGGCUGGUGCACCCUCAACCUGUCCACGCUGGGGAGCGUGCUGAGUUCCAUGGCCACCUACCUGGUCAUCCUCCUGCAGGUUGGCGGGAUGCGCAUUGAUUUCACUCACAACCACGAAGUUCAUACGACAGGGUAGGCGCGUCAUCCUCAUCUGAUGGUGGUGAUGGUGGUGGUCUGAACGUUACCCAGUCAGCAGGUGGUGGUGGUGGUGGUGGUGGUGGCGGUGUAUCAAGGUCAGUGUUGGUGUCAGUAAGGUCGCCGCUGACUGGCAGUAUAGUGGGAGCUUUCGAGAAGGAGUCGGAAGGAAAAGUAAGCGAAGUAGUGAAAGGAAUCGGUCUUAAGAAGUUUAUCCGGAAAGAGAGAAAAGGAAAAUAGAGCUGCGAAAAGUUUAACUGGAGGAAGCACCAUUGAAAAGACAGAAGAGGAAAAUAAGACAGACAGAUAAGUGGAGGCAUUGUAAGUGUGUAAAAAGAGAGUAGAGAAGUUAAAUGAAGGAACUGAAUUGCUCUUCCCCAAACAAAAAGCGAAAUAAAAGAGACAAUUGAGGGAAUCGAAAGGUUUUAAAAGUUGGAGAGAGGAAACAAAAGACAUUAACAAAAUCAAAGAACGUAAAGAAAGGGGAAAACAAAACAGACAAGUGGAGAAACUGGAAACUUGUACACGAAAUAAUAAAAAAAAAAGGUCAGCGAAAAAAUUCAAAACCUAAAUGUAAACCAAAGAAAAGAGGCCGUGACAGACUUUGACUCCAAAAAUUGUUACUGAAAUCAUAAACAAAUAAAGAAAAUCCUGAACAAAAGGAACAUUGGAAAGCGUAUGUAAUUAUAAGCUUAGAUAUUGAAGAACCGUCCGCUUUUACACACACACACACACACACACACACACACACACACACACACACACACACACACACACACACACACACACACACACACACACACACACACACACACACUGAAUGUCUAACUGAUGGUAAGCGCUUUGUUAUAGAGUGAACUAAAGAAAUCGGGUGUGUGGGAUGAUACUUGUCACCUGUCCCAUCUCACCUGCGCCUCUUGAAGGGAACAGGUGCAGCAUAGAAGACCUUAUACUGAAUCACAUCCUCGCCACGCCACUACUUAAAAAAAAAAAAACAUCUCUAAUUGAAGCUACACUGGUUUCUAAAAAUUAAUAUACGGUUUUAGUGGCAGAUUAACAAGAUUUCUACAUUAUUAGCAGGUAAAACAACCUUGGCAAUCCAGCGUAUCAUCUCUAUGGCUUUUGAAAAUAAUCGUGAUAAGAGAGGGAAGCGUUUCUGAACCCCCAUGGCAUUAUUACCACAACAUUACACAAGAGAAUUGGUAUUGCUGCUUGAAUGUAAUGGCAGAUACGACGACGGGUGGCUCUAAUGGUAGUUUGAUGGUUGUGUAAUGGUUGUGAGUUAAUGGUGAAGCGAGGCGAUGCUUUGAGAAGUUGGUGAUGAGAGUAAGACAGUGUGAUAGAUAACUGACGCUCCAAUACCUGUGCUUGCCGCGACGUGAAGAGCAUUGUGUUUAUAUCAGAAGGUUGUGAAAGGACAGCUGAAGUGACAGCUUUGAGUGGCGAGAAUGAGAAUAGUGUGAGUGAAAUAGUUAGGAAAUAUUUCAAGAAGUGGUACUAAAAGGAAUAUAACGAAGUGAUGCUAUGUUAACCUCAAUCACCCUCAAAAGCAAGGUUAUUGUACAGAAGAGAAGGUUUUACGGCUAGUGUUGAGAGGAAUAUGAGUGAAAUAGUUUGGGAGAUAUUUCAAGAAGUAGUACUAUAAGGAAUAUAACGAAAUGAUGCUCGUUAAACUCAAUCACCCUCAAAAGCAAGAUUAUUGUGCCGAAGAGAAGGUUUUACGAAUGAUGAUGAAAGAAAUAUAAAUGAAAUACGUAAGAGAUAUUUCAAGAAGUGAUAUUGACAGUAAGAUAUAACGAAUUUAUGGUCUGCUAACCUCAAUCACCCUCUGAAGUAAGAUUAUUGUAUAUGAGGUUUUAUGGGUGAUGGUGAGAUAUGAGUGAAACGCGUAAGAGAUAUUUUAAGAAGUGAUAUUGACGGAAAGAUAUUGAACUGACGCUCUGCUAACUCAACCACCAUCAAAAGCAAGAUUAUUGUAUAAAAGAGAAGGUUUUACGGGCGAUGGUGAGAAAAAUAUGAGUGAAAUGCGUAAGAGAUAUUUCAAGAAGUGAUAUUGACAGAAAGAUAUUGAAUUGGUGCUACAUUCACCCUUGACUAAUCUCACAGAAGAGAUUUUACGGGUGACGGUGAGAGAAAUAAGAGUGAAAUGCUGAAGAAAUAUUCCAAGGAGUGGUAUUGAAAGCAAGAUAACAAAUUGAUGCUCUGUUGACCUCAUUUAACCUCAAAAGCAAGAUUACAGUUGACAGGAGUGAAUGAACUGGCCAAGGAAAGGUCUUAAUGGUGGAAAUGAGGUGAAUUAAAUGCUUUAGAAAUAUUUCCAGCUGUGUAUUGAGAGACUGAUAACGCAGUGACGGUCUGUUAACCUUAAUUGCUCCUCGUUGUCGAGAUUUGUGUACCAGCAAGUGAUUGAAAAACCCGGAAGAGUGUGAGUGGAGGUGGCGAGAGUGAAGUGUGUGAAGUGAGUGAAGUACAGGAGUAGUGUUUCGAGAGGUGGAUCUGAGGAAGGUGACGAAAUGACGCUCUGAUAACGAUGAUAUUUGUGAGGGAAUGAAGAUAAAUGUUUCACGAGAUACACUACAGAAAAAAAAAAAAGGUGAUGGUCUGAUAGCCUCUAAUCACGCUGAAAGUUAUGAUUGCCGUACUUGCUGAAUGAGGGAACUAGUUAGGAAACAUUUCAGAAGAUGAUUUUUGAGAACAAGGUAACAAAAAAAAAAUUAUGCUGAAAAUCUUAAAUUGCCAAUAAUAACAUCAAAAUUUUUUCAAGCGAUAGAAUUACGAGAAAAAAAAAUCACUAAACGAUCCUGUAAUCACCGCGGAAGUUAAGACUGUGUGCCUGUGAGUGAGUGAGCGAACCGGUGAAGGGAACAUUUUUAAGCUGUGGACUAGAGAGCAAGGUAGGAUUAUGCUCUAGUCAUCCUGAUUUAAGACUGCUUUGCCUGUGAUAACUACAAGACAAGAUCGGAACCAGUACGGGUAGAAGACAGUGGAGAGUGUCACGGAGGCUGCCUGGCCAUGACCGAACGAGGCUGGCACUGGCACCACAACGCAACACAAUCCUCUCUCAUUUUCAAACCUCCGCAUCGCCUCGUCAGCCACACACGCCCCGGGAAACAUAAACACCCCUACCGAUCCUUCCCUGCCGGCGCUACAAGGCUGUGUGAAGCGAGUAAGGAGAUAAAAAGACAUAUGAUUUAUCCUUCGGGAGUUAAUCAUUUCUAACGAAUCUAUUGAUAAACUUACUCUCAGUCACGGCUGCCUCGUCCCUGAGUGCUAUAGUGGCGGGAAGAAAUCCUUUUAGUUUCCACCCUGCAUCGUCUCUUACCUGCUCGUUCCGCGUCUCAUUAUAUUUAAGCUUCUGUAUUAGUUGAAUGUGAGACUUUCCUUCCUCGUGCUCCUCCUCCUCCUCCUCCUCCUCCUCCUCCUCCUCCUCCUCCUCCUCCUCCUUCUCCUUCUCCUUCUCCUCCUCCUGCUUUUCUCUAAUGUGACGCGGGGUUCCUACGGGCGUGCAUGUGGUUAAGGGUUCCUAUGUUAUUGCUGUACAUGAUUUAGGGACUUCUACAGUGGCCAGGGUGGAGGAAACUGACGUGUGAGUGAGGAAGGUUAGUGAGGAGUGAGGAACAUUGUGCUCUUCUACUACUACUACUACUACUCGUGUGGAAGACCGGAGGUGUGCUGUAGUGAACUUGUAUGCUAGAGUGAGGAAAAUUGUCCUACAACUAUUAUUACUACUGCUACUACUACUACUUAUACUACUAUUACUACUACUAUUACUAUUAUUACUAUUAUUUCAUGGAUUUAAAGACUAGGGUAAGAAAAUUCAUGUGCUGUUAAUUAUAAGACUUGCUGAGGUUUUUUUUCUGGCUGGGCUGGCGUGGACUGAAGGGAAUGUGUGUGUUGGUACUGUGAGAGACUGAAGAAGGGGUUGUGUUACUGUUAUUAUAAGAUUAAAGUGUGUUCUUUUACUAGACAAGACUGAAGAAGGCCUUGUGUUGCUGUGAAUGGGUGUAGACUGAAGGAAAAACUGCGUUGAUACUGCGAAAGACUGAGGAAAGAAUUGUGUUACUGUUGCAAGACUGAAGGAUAAGUGUGUUUUCUUACUAUACGAGACUGAAGAAGGCCUUGUGUUGCUGUGAAUGGGUGUAGACUGAAGGAAAAACUGCGUUAAUACUGCGAAAGACUGAGGAAAGAAUUGUGUUACUGUUGCAAGACUGAAAUUUACGUGUGUUCUCUUACCAUACAAGACUGAAGGAGGCUUUGUGUUGCUGUGAAUGGGUGUAGACUGAAGGAAGAGUGCGGACAGCUGUAACAGAGGACUUGGGGAGGUCAUCAGCAGGGAAUUUAGACUGGAGAGGAAGCAAAUGGCAUACAGAAGAGAAAAAUACUGAUUAUUUUUACAUUCGUGGUAAGGAAAACGUAUAAUUUGCACAUAAAUAAGGACAAUGGAAGGUCAUUCUUUGUAGUUGUUUAUACGGGAGUGUGUGUCUAGUGAAAUGAUACAUGUGACUCGUAAAUCAAGGCAGUGAAUGUGUUUGUUCUGCCUGUGAAGGAAAGCGAGGAUGUGAACCGUAAGUCAUAAUGAUGAAGACUCCUAACACUCAUAUUUAAUGAUUGUGAAAGAAAAAUAUUACUAAAUACUCAAAUACUCAUCUAACUCAUCACGAGUCAAAGUAGUGAAGUUUUGUUGUACGUGAAGGACAGUUAAUGCACUGAAAGAGGAUAGAAACACAAAACAAAGCUGUGAACGUUAAUCUAAUCUCUCAUCAAUGAAAAUAGUGAAUGUGUACAGUUUGUCACCAUGAAACACUGAUGUAAACUCUUGUGAUGCAAAAAAAGUGCCAUGAUACAAAAUAACUCUCGACACGCCAAACGAGUGAGUGAGUGAGUGAGUGUGCGUUUCACUUUAAUUUAAAACCAUCAGUCACAAUUCAAAACACUUCCUACGCAUAUAACUCCUCUUAAUUCCAAACACAAAAGGGACAUUUAUUUUACCCAAACCAAGAAAAAGAAAACGAAGAAUGAAAAGAAAAAACGGUCAGUCAUAACCUUAGCUUCACUCAACCUCGUCCUCCUCUUCCUCCUCCUCCUCCUCUCCCUCUGUCCUGUGAAAUGAGAAAUGGUACAGUCUGCUCAGAAAUGUGAGUGACUCGGAUGGUUCAUGUAAGACUCAUAUUAGGAUCUCAUCGUGGAUCUUGCCUGAGUCUCUUCUUACUGAACCCAGGAAAGGUUCAAUAAAAAGAAGACGAAGAAGAAGAAAAAAGUUAAAGAAGAAAAAGAAGAAGAAAAGAAAAAGUAAAAGAAGAAGAAGAAGAAGAAGAAGAAAAAAGAAGAAGAAGAAGAGGAAUUGCUUAACUUUUGGAAAUACUAACCUCUUUACGAAAAUUUGUACGAGAUUUUUGCUGUAGCUUCCACGGGACGAGAAAUCUGAGGCGGUGAAAGUGAGCGAAAAGCAGAGAGAGAAAAGAGAUGGAAAGAAAAACAAUCUUUCUCUCUCCGCAUUAAGAAAGAGAGUAAGAAAGACGAGGUACAUUUGCAUAGACGUGUGAGAAAACCAGAGAGGAGAACAGAAGCAUUGAGAUAAGCCAGAGAAUAUUGAGAUACACUCCUUGGAAAAAAUAAUAGACAGAGAAGAGAGAUGAAAAAAGACACAUAAAGAUUUAAAGAACGAAUAAGAAAAUUACGAAUCAGAUAAGAGGAAAAGGAGAAAAUAAGACACAUUAGAGUAAAUUAAGACAGUCAAAUGAGUAACCAGUGAAAAAAUAAGUAAGAAUCAAAUUUUCAGGGAGGAAAGAAAGAAGGAAAAGUGUGCCAGGUAAGAGGACACGAGGAAAAAAGUAAAGGAUAGACAUGGAGGUGAAGGAAAGGAGAUAAAGAAAUAAUCCCUGGAAGGAGGAACGGACACACAAAAGAGAGAAAGACAUAAUGAAAAGUGUAAUGGAUAAUGAGAUAGAAUAGAAAGAAAGACAUGAAGAUUAGGCAAAGAAACUGAA